UUGGUUGUUGACAAAGUUGGGACUCGUUUCGAACUUUAAAUAAAACAAAACAAACAAUUGACAAUGGCUGCCGUUAGACGAGAUAUAGCCCCGUUCCUGCAACGCGUGCGUGCCUUCCUUCUGGGCCGGGAACAUACCGUUGCGUUGCGCUUCGAGGAUGGCCUCGCCGAUCGCACGCAGCCCCAGCCGGAACUUCCCGACGGGCCCUCGCACAUAUAUUCGGCCAAUUAUUAUUGCACACGCGACGGCAGACGCGAGGUGCAGCCGCCAAUCGAUCUGGUGCAGCAGCAGAAAGUUCUUGAUGCCAAUGCUGGCGAUGCCACCGCUGCUGCAUCCAAAGCGAGCCAACAGCUGCUCCCCACACCCGGCAAGGUUUAUGCCUGGGACUAGGAACUAGUUCGCAGAUGGGGAACAAGUCAACAACAGAAUUAACUGCACAUCAAAUGCAUGCAGUCUGUGUUUAUUAGUUUGUCUCCUUUUUUUUUUGCAUAAGAAUAAAAAUAUAUAACUUAA